AUGUCGACUACGGGACAAGGGAGUCCCCUUGGGACGACCUACGAAGGGUAUGUGGCCACCACAUACGACGCCUUAAUACUCUUCGAGGCAUGUCUUUCGGGGUACCUUAACCAUGUGCCGCGCCGCCCACACGAUCGAGAGCGUGAGAAUCUCAUUAGAAGUGGCGCCAUUUUCAUUUACGAGGAGCAUUCUUCCGGUAUCAAAAGAUGGACCGAUGGUUACAACUGGAGCCCCAGCAGAAUCCUCGGCAACUUUUUGAUAUACAGAGAGCUUGAGGGACCCUUCCCGCCGGGAGAGAAGAAACGUGCCAGGAAGCCUAACAAUAAGAAGCAAGGGGCCAAGAACGAAACCACGAGGACGCACGCCAUGAUGAAUGCCGUUAUGGGCAACGGCAACACACCAUUAUCUGAUGAACAGCAGCGGCAACAAGAGGAGCUCAGGCUACUUGUGGGAUCGCUCAUUGAUUCUUACCAAUUUAAGAUGGACGGCCUGGUCAAGAAGACCAUCUCAAUAACUUGGCAAGGUGUUAGCCAUCACCUUGUCUCAUACUACAGCUGCGAGGAUGUGUUGAACAAGAGGCUCACUACGCCAUCCACCGACCCCAAAAUCCGCAACAUCCAGCCCAGGUCACAACUAUACACAGGCCAAAACUUCCGCAGUCCUGUAUCUGAUGACUCGAUGAUUGGACAGCUACCACACAAUGGCUCCCUCGAUCCGCAUGGGAUGCCGCACGGAUUCGCACCAGCAGGAUUUUUACAAGCAGGCAUGCCUCACCAUCCGCACCAUCACCCACAACAAAUGAUCCCGCAAGGCUGGGGACAUUACCCCGGGCAUGCGCCUGCCUCUUUUGACCUUCAUGUGGCGCAGGCAGGCUUGGGGAUGGCGCAUGGUGGUCACUUUGGGCCUGGUCACGAUUUCGCUUCGGCGUAUAACCAAUCACAUCACCGAGCCUCAGUCAGUGGCCCAGUGACGACAGUGGCUCCCAUGGACUCCGGAAGGAGACACUCGACACACAUGACUCUACCAAUUCACUAUGAGCAUGGCCUAGCCGCAGGCAAUCUUAGCGCGCCUAGUCAGAAUCACGAAUCUACCCACGGCAAUGAGUUGAGUCCGCCAAGCCAUGAGGCAAACCCUCCGCACCACGGCUUGGCACACAGCCAGCCCUUUUCCAACCCUAGCGAAUUCGCAUACAGCGCUGCACCGACAAGUUUUGUGGGUGAGAACUUGCUGUCCUCGGCACCUGCCACAGGCCCGACAGCACCAUCUAGCGAAUUCAAGACGGCCGAGUUUGGCGGCCACUCUACCGAUGGGAUGUUUGCUGGCACGGAGCCUUUCAAAACCGAGGGCUACAGCCAACAGCUGCAGUACGGCAACCAAACAUUCUCCAUGAAUUAG